GCCAGCAUCAUGGCGGAGGAAUACGCCUUCCCUGUUCUGGUGGAGUUGGAAGAAGGCAACACACCGAGACUGAAAAAUAAGUUGGUGAAAUAUUUUCAGAGUAAAAAGUCCAACGGAGGAGACUGUGAGGUGGACUAUGAGUCCGGGAGCCAAACUGCGCUGCUGCGCUUCCGCAGAGAGGAGGACCAGAAAAAUGUCCUGGGAAAAGAGACGCACCAGAUCAGUCUGGAUAAAGGAGUGUUAAAGAUGACAGUCCGCCUUCCUUCAGACGGAAAACAGAAGCAGGGGGAUUCAACUGAUAAAGGGAGCAAAAAGUCUGACCAUGAAGGGACCAACAAACGGUCAACAAUUCAAGAACCCAAMCCUGUGGAUGAAGGUCAGACGGGGGCAAAAGGCAAAGAUGGUGACUCAGAUGAUGAGGAGCAGUGCUCCAAGUCGGCUGUUUUAGGGAAUAUUCCAGAUUCAUUAACCACAGAAUUCCUGGAAAUGAUUGUGGAGAACAUUUUGAGAGRCCUAAGCUCUCCGACUGCCUCCGAGGACUACAACCUGGAACUGGUCCCUGACAUCUCAUCUGCUGUUGUGACUUUCCAGAGAGGAAAAGAUAACACUGAGUUUAUAGAACGAUGUCCUCAAAAUCGGACGUUUACAAAGAAGGGUUUAUCCGUCCGACCCCUUGAGACCACAAAGAAGAUUGUAGUUGAAGGAGUUUCGAACUGCAGUGAAGACAUGCUGUGCCUCUACUUUGAGAAUAAAGGGGGAGAGGUGGAAGAUGUUCAACGGAAAGAAGCUGAACAGUCUGCUGUCAUUACAUUUAAGAACCAUCAAGAUGUUAAAAAAGUCUUGGGUAAGAAGCAUGAAAUAAAGAAGGAAGAAGUCAAAGUCUACCCGUUCUACAAAUCUUUGGGAGUUCCACUUUAUGGGAAAGAUAAACCAUCACCAAAGCUUCCUGCUGCCAUCUCUGAGCCCAUUGACAACGCUGUCCUCAGAUACCUAGCUAACCACACUUCUGUGUGCUUUGAUAGAUUUAAAGUCACAAAACCUGGAGUCAAGAAAUGUUUUCAGGAAAAAGAAUCGUUUUUUGCUUCUUCUAUUAAGAGUGAUACUGACUGCCUGGUUCAGCUGGCCGAUAAAUCAAAUGAAGAAGACGACUUUGCAGUAGUACAAGUACGAAAACCCAUUUACAAAGUCCAGACAAGYGAUGGAGUGGAAAUAGUGGUCUCMAAGGCAGACAUGUGCAGUUACUCWGUGGAUGCUGUUGUCAAUCCUUCUACYGAGGACUUGAAACACACCUCAGGUCUUGCUUUGGCACUUUCAAAAGCUGCAGGCCCUCAGCUGCAGGCCUUAUGUGACCAAAUAAUUAAUGUAAAAGGAAAACUCCGACCUGGAGACUGUGCCGUAACAGUUGCUGGAGGAAUGCUUCGUUGCAAAAASGUGAUCCAUGCCGUAGGACCCYAUUUUGAUCAAGCAAAGCCAAAGAAGGCUGAGGCCCAGUUGAAAAGAACUGUUAAAGAAAGCUUAGRACWAGCUGAAAAGUGUGGCUGUGUUUCWGUGGCUCUUCCUGCCAUCAGCAGRAGUCKUGGCUUCCCACUCAAUCUGUGCCUKGCUACCAUUACUAGAGCAGUGAAGGAAUACUGUGAUGAGAAGUACGAUGACAACACCUUGAAAACGAUUCAUCUGGUGGACAAUGAGGACAGUGUUGCUCUUGGUCUGGAAAGUGCUGUAAAGCUGGAGUUUGGAAGUCAUGGAGUUGGUGUUUCRUCUCAAAAUGCURUCCCUAAAGUUAGUCCGAAAUCUCCAUUACUCAAACUUAUUCCACCUGACCCAAGCUUGUGCCGAGCUCAGACCAAAGAGGGCUUGAGCAUCGUUCUUAAAAAGGGAAAUAUUGAGGCUGCCAAGUCGGAGGUAAUUGUGAACACAGUGACRGAAGAUCUUGUAUUGGACAGAGGAGCGAUUUCAAAAGCCAUCUUCAGUGCAGCUGGAGCCAAACUUCAACARCUGGUACACAGCCAGAAAACRAAAGGAGCACCAGGAGAGAUUGUUGUUACAGAUAACUGCAAGCUGAAGAGCAAACAAGUUUUCCAUGCAAUUGCUCCACACUGGGACAAAGGCCAAGGCACAGCUGAAAAGGUGCUGUAUUUUUAUCAGGUGUAUGUUUUCUCCAGCUCAGGAAUGCAUGAGACUAAACUGGGAAAUGUGACGAUACAGGUAGUAAGUGGAGAUAUAACAAAGGAGACGACUGAUGUCAUUGUCAACUCUUCAAAUGAUAGCUUCACUCUCAAUUCAGGAGUCUCCAAGGCUAUUCUGGAUGCAGCUGGUGUAGCUGUUUYWGACGAAUGCCAAAAUCUUGGUUCCCAGMCCAAUCCAGGCAUGAUAAUGACGGUACCAGGAAACCUAAAGUGCAAAAAGAUUCUUCACCUGGUCGGACAGACGGACCCGGUGAAAAUCCUCAGCACUGUAAAGGAAGCACUUCAGAUGUGUGUGAAGAGCUCCUACACUUCUGUUUCGUUUCCUGCCAUUGGUACAGGUCAAGGCAAUGUGCAGGCCAAACAAGUGGCAGACUCCAUGAUGGACGCUGUGAUUGAUGUKUUCAGCCAAAACACCUCCAGYUCCCUGACUUUAAUCAGGAUAGUCAUCUUCCAGCAACCGAUGCUAAAAGAUUUCCACAGCAGCAUGCAAGAAAGAGAAGCCRCUGAUCCAAAGGAAAAAGUUGGAAUCUGGUCCUAUGUUGGCCAAAAGAUAAAAUCUAUAUUUGUAUCUGAAAGCUCUGAAAAAAAACARGAAGAUGRGAUGUUUGAUAUUGAGACCAUGGAAGUGGAGCCUGCYGUCUUCCAUAUCUGCGGUGCCUCACARGCCAAAGUUGAUGCAGCCAAGAAGAAGAUAAACRACCUGAUAUCUGAUGAACUGUGCAGUGAAGAGAUAAUAGACAACGAUAUCUUGAACUUGUCCUCUGCAGAUUGUCAGCACAUUGUUGACAUUCAGAAGAAGAUGAGUGUGAGCAUCAAAAAYCAAAUCACUAAUGGCCAAGCCUCUUUUAUCAUUGAAGGUCUCAGUAAAGAUGUUCUUCGAGCCAAUCGAGAGAUAGAUAACAUGCUGAAGAAGGUGAGAGGAGACCAGGAGCUGAAAAGGAAAUUGGAGCUGGCAGCCACUGUGGCAGACUGGCAGUAUCAGCAACAUGGGCUUCAAUAUCAGAGUUUUGAUCAGAAGACCAACUAUGAGCUUGAGCAUGCGUUAGAAAGGGCAGCACCCACUCUAAAAAUUACCAUCCAUGGGUCAGACUAUACUGUCCAGAUGCCUAAAGGACCAGCCACUGACAACAAGGGAACCAUCUUGCAGAUAAGACGAAUUGACAGACUGAAAGAUGAAGAUGUUCCUGAGUUUUGGGAUGACAUGCCAACUGGUAAAACAUGUCAUGCUCUCACCCUCCAAACUGCAUCAUCAGAGUACGCGGAAGUCCUCAAUCUCUUCAAAGCCACAUGCAAUCGAGCCGUCAUCAAGGUAACAUCAUUAGCAGUGUUUAUUCCUGCUGCCUGUUAUGGAAACGGUUCCUACUUUGCCGUUAAUUCCAGUUACUCUGCCAGUAACACCUACUCCARGCCCAAUGCGAAGGGAGAGAAGUUCAUGUACCUGUGCAGGGUGCUGACAGGAGACUACACYCUGGGACAGCAAACCAUGAUCGCUCCACCACCCAAAGGGAAUCUCGCCAUAUAUGACAGUGUGGUGGACAACACGACCACCCCCAGCAUGUUUGUAGUGUUUCAUGACACUCAGGCCUAUCCUGAGUAUCUGAUCACCUUCAAGUAGCAACACUGCGAAAAUGUUAAAUACAAAUAGAGGAUAUGAUUAUCAUGCUAAGUUUAAUCUUUUUUUUUUACUGUUUCACCUUGAGCUCACUUAGUAGUUUUCAUCAGGCCCCGUUAGUGCCUUAAAGCGUUGCCUUAACUUUUCAUACAUAUGUAAAGUUGGACCCUACAAGCAGGAACCGGUGAAAGAUCAAAUCAAACAUGUUGCCUAUGUUGGCUUUUCUGUUCUAGAAAUAAUGUUACUGUAUAAGUUUCACACUCUUAUAAAACUAACAAUCAGUUCUAGAUUUAAUAAUGAAAGUAAAAGUUAGCAGGUGUUCAAAUUAAAACUAGAAUAUAUAGUAAACAAGCACAGGUGAUUCACUGUACAAGCUCUCAGUAAAUUUCUAUACUUAAAGAAAAUAAAACAUUGUUGA